CAAACUCCUCCCUCCGGAGUUGCUCCGCUGUCAUGCAUUGGAAUGACUAAACCCGAGUGCGUUACGAUGCAGAGAAGCUGAAGUUGACAAAUAUAUUUUGGGUUUAAGAAAAAGUCGCGUUGGAUAUCGCACGUUAACGCGGAUUGACCACGCUGUCGACUCAUUAGUUUAAGGCUCACUCUCCCCGCUUAUAUGGAAAGGGCGAAGCGGAAAAAAGGGCAAACCCUCUACUCUCGAGCUCCAGCGCCGAGUCAAAUGCUCGUCGCGGCCGCGGAGGGCUCCUUGUUUGCGGGUAAAAUGUAGCGAGUCGCCGCGGGCAAUUGUGAGCAUGUAGAAAGAAAGUCAGCGCUGCGACCCCAGCUCGACACCUAGCGCGACAUGUCUAAUGUGACGCCGAGUAAGAACGUGGAAUGGCUGCAAGUGGAGUUGGAGUCGGGGGCCACUUCUGUGCUCCUGCUAGACUGCCGCGCACACGAGCUCUACGAGUCUUCUCACAUCGAAGGAGCCAUCAGCGUGGUCAUCCCUGCUCUGAUGCUCCGCAGGUUCAAGAAGGGCAACAUCCCCAUUCGGACAAUCAUUCCCAACCACGAGGACAAAGAAAAUUUCACGCGGCGUUGUCAAACGGACACGGUGGUCCUGUACGACGAGAGCACCGUCAGCUGGCCGGACAGCGGAACCCCGUCGUCCGUUUUGGGUUUGCUUCUUCAAAAACUGUGGGAAGAUGGCUGUAAAGCCCACUACCUUGAAGGUGGGUUUGUAAAAUUCCACACAGAGUACCCAGAACACUGUGAGACUCUCCUCGACAGCUCUUGUCCUAGCUCUUCUCCUCCGCUCUCCUUCCUGGGAUUUGGAAAUUUGCGGCUUAGCUCAGACUGUUCGGACGGGGAAUCUGACAGAGAACCCGUCAGUGCCACGGACUCGGACGAGAGCCCACUCCCCAGCAAUCAGCCUUCCUUCCCAGUCCAGAUCUUACCUUACCUUUACCUGGGGUGUGCCAAAGACUCGACCAACCUAGAUGUGCUGGGCCAACACAACAUCAAGUACAUCCUGAACGUCACACCUAACCUCCCCAACAUGUUUGAACAUGACGGACGCUUCAGGUAUAAACAGAUCCCUAUUUCGGACCACUGGAGUCAAAAUCUCUCCCAGUUCUUCCCAGAGGCGAUAUCGUUUAUUGAUGAGGCUCGAUCCAAGCAGUGCAGCAUUCUGGUUCACUGUCUGGCCGGCAUCAGCCGCUCUGUUACAGUCACCGUGGCUUACUUGAUGCAAAGACUCAACUUGUCACUCAAUGACGCCUAUGACUUUGUCAAGAGAAAAAAGUCCAAUAUAUCCCCAAACUUUAAUUUCAUGGGUCAGCUGUUGGACUUCGAGCGGACACUAGGGUUGCACAGUCCUUGUGACAACCGCUCCACCAGCGAAGAGCAGCUCUUCUUCACCACACCAACUAAUCACAAUGUCUUUCAGCUGGACACACUGGACUCUACAUAAGGCUCUUGUGAAUAUUGGUGGAGGUUGUUUAAGCUUGUCAGCCAUAUUUCAGUCAGUGUCUGAUGCCUUAUUUUGUCACACAAGGAGGUCAUGUACUGCCAUAAUAGCAGUACAUGUUUAAAUGUUUCUGUUGAAAUUGCUCUUUGACUGUUAACCGUUUUUUUUUUGUUUUGUUUUUUAUACCAGCUUUCGUUGUAUAAUGACUUCUGCUUCAAUGGUCUUAACAGAAUCUUUUCAAAUCAGAAUGUUUCGCAACUGAGGGAAAUUAAGCUACUACAUUUAUCCUGCCUUGAAUUUCUUUCCAAGUUCUGAAUUGUGGCGGCGGUUCAGCUGUUGUGCAAUUGAAACCACAAAAGCUAGUGGAUCACGUCACAAUGUUUUCGCUAAUGUUUUUUUUUUUUAACAACAGGAAGUAAAUCUAUGGCUGAAUGCUAUAAAAUAACAUUUAAAGAGUAUAAUAGCAAUUCUAUUCAUUCUGAUAGUUGCAUGACUGCGCUCCAACAUAUAGCAAAUCACAGGCCUUUUUUGUUGUUGUUUUAUUUUCAGUCAUGAUAUUGACCUCGGGUAACUGGACCAAGUUUAGCCUCUUUGUUUAAGCAACAAACGUGUGACAUGAUUACUCUGACUAAACACAUAACGGACGGAUAUGCACCUUGUUUUGUACUUCUGACAGUAUUCAGUCCGGGGCGCCUCCUUUUGUGGUGCCGUGAUGUUUAAGGGAAACGCGAUGGCGCACAAUUAGCCUCUUAGCUCUCUGAGCUAACAGGGGAGACUGACACAAGAAUGAGUCCAAGUUUAGACUAAUGUGUUCUUACCUCACUGAGAGAAUUUUCAGGGAUUUUGUAGACAUCUCUAUAAUGUCAUGGUCUCUCCAAGUGCAUCUAAGGGCUUUUUUUUAACUUGCCGAGUUUGUAAAAAUGUACAUAAGUUCUUUAUGGGGGAACUUUUCUCAAAAGUAAUGAAGGAUCGAACAGUGACCUGAUUCUGACCCUUGUAUGUAGUCAAUGUUUAACUAAAUUGUCCAAAGUAUUCUGUACAAGUUUAUAUAACGAAUAUAUUGUAUAUUUUUACUUCAA